CGUUGGGACACCUUCUCCUGACGAACAUGUUCUCCUGUUGUGUGCCCGUGUCCCGCGGCUGCUGGCUCAGGGGAGCCCGUGGCUGCGACGCUCCCCGACCCUGGAGACAGUGGGUCAGGUCGUGCACAGGACGCCUCAGGUCUCUAGCUCGCAGGGAGCCAAAGAAAUCAACUGAUGAAAUCGGGAGGCGACUGUCGGAAUCCCGCUUCACCUGCCCUACAGAGGUGUGCGUGUGCCCCGUCGCCCAGGAGGGCCACCCUGGACCCGGGGAGAGAGUGGCCGCACGGAGGUCUCUGGAAGCAGGGCCUGGAGAUGGCCUGGGAGGGCCUCCCUCACCGCCCGGGCCCCUCCACAGGGUCCUGGCUCAGCGGUCCUGGGACCAGGACCCGGAGCCCCCGGAGCCCCCGGAGCCUGAGCCCGAGGAGUCCGGGGCAGGAGCGGAAGCCGGUGCGGCUCCAGAGCCCGACCCAACAGCCUCGGGGGCCUCGGCGGCUCUGGAGGCAGGGGUGGCGUCUGGAGCGACUCCUGCAGGGGCCCGGCAGCCAGCAGGUGACCUGGGACCUGUGCCGGGACAGCGGGCGCCUGGGCAGAGUCAGCUGGGUCCUGCUUCUGCUCCUGCUGCUUCCACUGUUCCUGCUUCUGCUCCCAACACCCUUCCUGCCACCACCCUUCUCCCCGCCCCUGCCACCUCUCUUCUCCCUGCCCCUGCCCCCGCCCCCGCCCCCGCCCCUGCCACCGCCCUUGCUCCCACAUGGAUGCCAGCCACUGAUCAAGGGCCUGAGGGCCUACACGGGGUGUUUAUUUUAUUUCUAAUUGUUCCAAUCCCCGACCCUGACACCCUACCACAAUGUCUCUUCCUCUUCUCCCUUAUGCUUUCUCUCCUCUUCUUUUUAGCUGUGACUUUAUUUCUUCACUGUUGGCUUAUCAUCCAUAUUGAUCUUCAAUAAAAUUUUUAUUUACUUUA